AUGGCUGGAGUGUCCACAAUCUUGCUCCCUGAACUCCGUUCACUUCUAUCCUCGGGCCGUGCCUGCCUCAUUGAUGUGCGAUCUCGGGAGGAGGCUGCAGCUGGGACCAUUCCAGGGGCCCUUAACAUCCCGGUGUCCGAGUUGGAAAAUGCCCUGCAGAUGGAGCCAGCUGCUUUCCAGGCUUUGUACUCUGCCGAGAAGCCAAAGCUGGAAGAUGAGAACCUUAUUUUCUUCUGUCAGAUAGGCAAGCGGGGCUCUCUUGCUGCAAAGCUGGCUCAGCGCCUUGGAUACAAAGGGGCUCGCAACUAUGCUGGGGCAUAUAGAGAAUGGUUGGAGAAAGAGGGUUAG